UGGUCAAUUUCAAUGGUCAUCUGGCCUUAGCACAUAACGGACAUUCAUUAUACCAUAACUUACACUAGGAAAUCGCACGUUUUUAAAUGUGCGGUAUGGCAGAAACUGCCUUAGAUCUGUCUAAGCCUACAUGUAGUGAUGCUUACAUCAAGGCUCCAAGUGACCAGGAGUCUCGAACAUCAUCUCCGGUGUCUUCAAUCAAAUCAGAGGAGAACAAUUCUCAGGAAAAUCUACAAAAUAGCGCGUCAAGUGACAAUAGUGAAACGUCAGAGAGAAAUAAAAUACAUAGACCUUUCAAGAUAUAUCCCAUGGAUCCAUUCUCAACAUUAAGUAUGGGUACACCAAUAUCUCCUCUGUCACCGAUGCCAUCCGCUGCUGGUAUGUCCUCUGUGUUCGAUACAGCCGUACCAACCUUUCCGCUGACGCCAUUAACAUCACAUUUGUUACAUCGCAAGAGGCGCGCGGAAAGUCGAUCUGACAGUCGUGACUGUAAAAAAGCGACAAAUCCAGUGCCAGAAGAAAGGAAGGACGAUUCUUAUUGGGAAAGACGGAGGAAAAAUAACGAAGCAGCUAAACGAUCUCGAGAUGCAAGAAGAGAGAAAGAAGAAGAAAUAGCAAUGCGAGCAGCUUUUCUGGAACAAGAAAACUUAAAACUUCGAGCGCAAGUGACAAUACUCAAAAAUGAAACUGCUAAAUUACAUUACAUGUUGUAUAAUCGCUUAUAAAUUUUGGGAUACUAUUUGCGUGGAAUUAAAAGUGAGAUUUCUUCAGAAACUGAGUUAAAACUAUAUAUCUGACUAAAGAAGAAAGGAACAGCUAUAUUACUUAUAUUCUAGGCUAAGCAACAAAACCUAGGCGAUUUGAGACGAAAUAGACAACUAGCAAGCGAUGUGAAAAACUGAAUGCUUUGAUAAAAGGGACAAUGAACUACCUCAGUUAUCGAAAAACUAUUUACAUUAUAUAUCAGGACAGCAUCCUUUCAUCUCCUACCCCCUGAUCAAAUGUUGGUAUAUAUGUGCAGUGCUUGACUUUGUAUUAGUGCUAAAGUUUGAAUGUGUAUUUAUUAUGUAACGCAAGGCGUGCGUAUGUGUUCAUUGUUUCAUUUUAGGGAUGUAAUCUCUUUGUUUGUUUUUUUCUUUUUUUAAUUUUACGUACUCCUGCCAUUUUAUGUUUUUGUAUUUUGUCUGAAAAAUGAAUUUAAUGGAAUCAUUUAUAUCUUUUGAAACCAAAAUUGCGCGUGCUGAUGAUUUUUACAGUUAUUUUUCUUUUCUUUUUUUGUUUUAAGUCCGUUUUAAUUUUUUUCAAAUUUAAUAACCACUCCCACUUUUUUCAGUUGCUCGAUUUAAUUGCUCUUUCGUUCUUUUUCACAAAUCAUUAUUCAUCAUUAAGCAUAAUUUUGUUAUGUAUGUUAUUGUAUGUGUGCAUGUUUAGUAAAAGUAGAGAGAAUUUAGAUUUUUAUAAAUGUAACUUACUGAUUUAAAAACUCAAAAAAUUGGUGCAAAUUUUAUCAUUGAACAUAUUGUUAUGUUUUAUAUAGUAAAGUAUUCUAUAUAAAUUGUCUUAAUGCUUAUUAUUUAGUCCACAAAGUCCUAUCUAAUUUGAACGACUAUAUCUAAAUGUCCUCAACACAGAUAAUUGCAGAACUUGAUUUUAUUUUGUAUUUUCAAUAUCUUGGCGAUUGAUGAAAAGCCGAAUCUAUAUAUAUCGACAUUGAAUAUCAUAUUCACGUUCGUCUUUAAUUUAUUUUAUUCAUUAUUUUUUUUUUUUUUUUUGAAACAUUUAUUUAUUUACGUACAUGUUUAUUGAAGUGAUCAAUAAAAGUUCUUUUUGGUUUUUAACAACAAAAAUAUCAGUAAAGGUUUUGGAUGACAUGAAGCAAACUGAAAACUUCAACUUUGUUUGGAAUGCACGUGAAAACUAAAUGAAACUUCAAUCUUGCUUGGAAUGCACGUGAAAACUAAAUGAAACUUCAAACUUGUUUUGAAUGCACGUGAAAACUAAUCAAAACUUCAAUCUUGUUAGGAAUACAUGUGAAAAAUUAAUGAAACAAACACGAAAUUGUUUUUGUUUUAAAUGUGUUUGAGAGGGAAACAAUAUUUGUAGUAUUCUAAUUUAUAUAAAUUUUCACUGGGGAAAGCGUGUAUUAUAUAACUUAUUUCCCGGUUAUAUUCUAAUUUUACAUCAACAUUUUAAUUUCCAACUUUUUAACGUACAAAUUUUUCCAAGAAACCCUGUUAUAUUUGAGGAAGGAUGAAUAUGGUGUCACGGGAUGUACUAAGGCUUAAUAUCAAGGAAUUCUGAGAAAACGAAAAAGAAUCAAAGGAUAUAACGGGUUAAAAUGUUGUUUCUUUAAUUUUGAUAAAGAUAUCCCUACAUGUAAUGCUACUUAUAGAUUUUUUCUGAAGAGUUGUUAAAGUCUGACAGAGACUUUAAGAAUUUACUUACAAGUGCCAAUGUUUUGUAUGAACUAAUAGCGAAUACACUUUAAAAAUUGA